AUCAGCGGUCGCUGAGCAGUAACGGUAGUAUCGAGAGGAACAAGCAACGAUGGUCGUCAUCAAGGAGUACCGUGUGGUUUUACCCUGCAGUGUCGAGGAGUAUCAAGUGGGACAGCUGUUCUCUGUGGCUGAAGCAAGUAAAAAUGAGACGGGUGGUGGUGAGGGCAUCGAGGUAAUCAGGAAUGAGCCCUAUGAGAAAGAUGGCGAGAAAGGACAAUAUACACACAAAAUCUACCACAUAAGGAGUAAAGUCCCCGCGUUUGUUAGGAUGAUUGCCCCUGAAGGCUCCUUGGUAUUCCAUGAAAAAGCCUGGAAUGCCUACCCCUACUGCAGAACCAUUGUGACGAAUGAGUAUAUGCAAGACAAUUUCUUCAUUAAGAUUGAGACAUGGCACAAACCAGACCUUGGAACACAAGAAAAUGUGCACAAGCUAGACAGCUCCACGUGGCAAAAUGUAUCUGUUGAACCCAUAGACAUCGCAGACAGAAGUCAGGUGUCCAAUGCUGACUACAAGCCAGAUGAGGACCCUGCCAAGUUCAAGUCAGUUAAGACCGGCAGAGGACCCCUUGGGCCCGCCUGGAAGAAAGAGCUGGCUACAAAGACUGACUGCCCAAGGAUGUGUGCCUACAAACUGGUCACAGUCAAGUUCAGGUGGUGGGGCCUGCAGGGCAAAGUGGAGAACUUCAUCCAUGAGCAAGAGAAGAGAAUCUUCACCAACUUCCACCGCCAGCUCUUCUGUUGGAUUGAUAAGUGGGUGGAAUUGAACAUGGAUGACAUCCGGCGGAUGGAAGCAGAGACACAGAAGGAACUGGAAGAUAUGCGUAAGAAGGGCUCUGUGCGAGGUACAAAGGCUGCGGUCGAGUAGCCAGGCGAGAUGUAGAUCUCAGUGUUGCUGUCUUCGCAGGAAGGGAGAAGUACGAGGAACCACUGCCGCAGAGGACUGAAAAGGAUUUUAAACGCCCACGAUGACAGCAGCGAUGGAGACUGCUAAGAGGGCUCCUUUGGUGCCACCUUUUUAACCAGAACUGAUUUCAAGGCUGUGGAGGUGAGAGAGGGGAGGGAGGGGGGGCUCUGCUACCUGCAAUCAAUAGAGCAGAUCCCUGACUUGCACCCAAUCAUAGACAUUCUAUACAGCGAGGAAUUGAUUUCUAGAAACCAACACGAUCCGAGCUGAUAAGACUCUGGUUAAUUUUUAUCUCCUUGGCAGAGAAAGGCCAGCUAUCAGCAUCAUGUUAUUGACGAGAAGCUUUGUAGAAAGGAUUGAACAGGAGCUACUUUGCAGUAGAGAUACAUUUUAAAAAAAAUAAUUUGCUUUGAUUCCACAGUGGCAGGUGUUGGACCAAAUAUUUCCUUCUGUUAUAUUUUGAUUUUUCCUCCAAAACAUUCCUCACAAAACGAUGCCCUGUCUGACCCCUCUUUGUCUCCUCCUCAGUCUUAACUGUACACACUGUGGCUCAGUGGUUUGCAUUCCCCGGCAUGAGUCUGUCUGUUUGUCAUACUCAUGUUCCUUCCUGCCACAGCCUCCAUUAAGAGAUUACUAACACCCUUGGCGCCUUGGCCCAUUGUAAUCCCCCCCCCCCCCCCCCCCCCCCCCCCCCCCCCCCCCCCCCCCCCCCCCCCCCCC